UGCCCCACCCAGCACUCUGGGGUGACGGGCUAACAAGCGUAAAAUAAAAGUUUGUGGUAGUUUCUGAAUCGCAAACAUAAAAUAAUCUGCAGAUGCUGGGAUCAAAGCAACACGUCGACUCAUGGUUUCCACUGAUGCUGCCUGACCUGCUGAGUUCCUACAGCGUGCUGUGAGUUUCUGUAUCGCAUUGUCUGUUCUGAGUGGAGAGGGGGAGCCCGCUGCAUGGGCAACAGCUCGCUCUCCCCGUUGUACUGCACCGGCUUGUGUAUCAACACAGCUGGGGCACAUACAUCCACAGUCAGAGGGCCAUGGGUAGUUUGUUGUGUACAAUGAAAUUUCAAAUAACCUUUUGGCGUCUGGCUCCCUGGAUGCUGACUUCUGUGCCCUCUUCCCACUCCCGAAGACCCUGGUUCCAGUGAGGAGCGUUAUUCAUAGCCAGAGAGGUUGUUAACCGGGAACAGAGGUUCGGUGGUAGUGGGACUAGGGAAAAGUGUGUGUGGUGUGGAUUAUAAUUUUAUGGGACAAGUAACAGGAAUUUAGUACUCUCUGGCUCAAGGGAGCGUUCAAAUGGUGCAAAGGGAAUUUCUGGUGAGUGGCUGCCAGCUGCCUUGCACCCCAGUCCCUGUGUUCAUGAAGCCCGCUAGCUGUCCUGUGGUCCUGGCCAGCUAACUGCAGAUGUGCAACCAUGGAUCCCUGAUCCUUUGUCCCACUCAAUGCCCAAUCACCAUCCCAUCCCUUACUGGCAUCUGCCCAUAGAGUUGGAAAGCUGACUUCCCUUACACCCAGAGUUUGCCCCCAUUCCCUGGCUUCAAAGCUUGGAGUCUGGGCAAGGUGAAGGGUGAGGUUUGCCAUCUUAACCAACAUGCCCACGCCUCUACCAAGAUGGUAGCAGCCACCGAGCCUGAUGGGAGGAAGGGCUAGGAGCCGAAGCUGCCCACGCCUCUACCAAGAUGGUAGCAGUCGCCGAGCCUGACGGGAGAUGGUGGCGAAGCCCUGGCAGCACGCGGCAGAAGCCGCACCCAGAUGUACUGCGCGAGGCGCUGGAGUCUAUCACAUGCGAGGUGGAGCGCGGGAAAUAAUGACGUGCACGGCGGAAUCGGAGUGGAGGGGGGUGUAGUGCACAGGAAUCGAUGACGUGCUCGGCGGAAUGGGGGGGGGGUGCGUAGAGCGCAGAAAUCGAUGACGUGCACGGCUGAGGCGCGAAGCGGGAUCUGUUGAGAUAGACGACGGCUGAGAGCGAGAAACCCAAGCCCUGCAGCAGUCAGGGGUAUGGAUUGGUUCCACUGCAAUAAGUGCUACCAGAAGCCUGCAAGCACCAUCUGCUUCAGCAUCUCCAGCUGUCAGCAUAUCCUCUGCCACAAGUGCAUCGGUCGAGAUAAAUGCAGUGUCUGUGGAUUAGCCUGCAAGUACUUGCCGCUAUCAGACAAAAUGGCGGCCCAUGAACGAAUGUACUUCAGGAAACCAUCAGACGUCUGUCGGAAAUACCUGGAGCACAUCGCGCAGGUGACCAAAUUCCAGCGGAAGCAGACUGAGAUACUCCUUGCCUUCUACAAGCACAAGCUUUCUAGAAUGGAGUUGGCUCUGCAGGAGGCCCAGAGCAAAAUCCGAAUGCAGGAGAAGGAAUCAGAAGCACUGAAGAACCAGGUUAGCGACAUGAAGAAGAUGUUAGCCCUCAACAAG